AUGAAAUUUGCUGCCGCUCUAUACUCCGUCAAAAACGCCUUUCUAGUAGGCCUUUUAGUCAGCUAUUGUUAUGGUACAAAGAUUACCACAUCCAGUUCAAAUAGAGAUACAUCAGCCAGGUCCGCAGCUGCAGGUGCAGAUAUGGCGUUCUUCAUGGAAUUUUUGAACGAUUUCGAUACCGCAUUUCCACAGUACACUUCCUACAUGAUGCAGAACCGUCUAACCCUACCUCAAGCUGUUGCUGACUAUUACUAUCAUAUGGCUGCCCUAGGUUCAACGGCUGAUUUACAAUCUGAUAUUGCUCAAAGUUUUCCGUUCACUCAGUUCCAAACAUUUAUUACAGCUUUCCCAUGGUAUACUUCUUUACUAAACAAGGCGUCAGUCACGACUAUAUACCUGCCACAGCACUUCAUAACAGACGACACACAGCCUACCAUGACGAAUUCCUCUUAUGCCAGCCAAACAUCUUCUAAUUCGAGGUCUAUUGUUUCAUCCACAGUAAACGCAAAUCAGUCGAUAACUUCAAGUGUCAAUGAAGAAAAUAACACAGCAGAUUUCUCAUCCACAUCGAAUUCUUCCUCACUGUCGACAACUACUCAAUCACGAAAUGGCGCCUGCGCAAUUAGCUUGUAUUUCCCCAUGGCAUUAUUCGGGAUCCUAGCAGCGGCCCUUUGA